AUGGCGUCAAUAGCAUCAUCCUAUCCAAGAGAUGAUGUUGUUGCCCAUAUCGAAGGUACUAGACCAUUAGUCAUCAUCCAUGGUUUAUUCGAAUAUUCCUCUAGCUUGUCCAGCCUGAAACACAUGAUCACCAAAGCUUUUCCGAAGAUACAGAUCUAUAUACCGGAUUUAUUUCCUGGAUAUUUUAGUGUAUGGACUCCUCUAUGGAAACAAGUUGAAUCAUUUAAUGAAUAUCUAAAACCAAUUUUUGCUAAUACAACGAAGAAUGGUAUUAAUCUACUAUGUUUUUCUCAAGGCGGUAUAAUAUGCCGUGGUAUACUACAAACAGCGUCCAACCACACCGUUAGAAAUUUCAUUAGUCUGUCGGGGCCUUUGAUGGGCCAAUUUGGUGGUAAGAAUUUUAAAAUAAUAGUGACAUGGGUUGUUAAUCUCUCAACCUCUGAUACUAAAAAAUCAAUCUUUUACAGUAUAUACGGACAAAAACUAAUUUCCAUCGCUAAUUUUUGGAAUGAUCCACAUCACCAGAAGCUUUAUUUGAAAUACGUAACUUACCUAACAGCUUUGAACAAUCAAACAUGCCAUAGCAGUAGCCAGGUAUUCAAAUCCAAUUUCCUCAAAGUAAAAAAAGUAAUAUUGAUAGGAGGACCGGAUGAUGGUGUUAUUACACCUUGGCAAUCCAGCCAAUUUGGAUUUUAUGACAAACAUUUGAAAAUCAUUUACAUCAAGGAUUUUAUUGGACUAAGAUCUAUCGAUAAAAGGAACGAUCUACAUUUAUUUACUAUUGGUGGUGUUAAGCAUAAGAAUUGGCAUACAAAUGCGACAGUAUUCAACUGUUGUAUAAGACCUUUCUUAAAGUAA